AUGCAAUCUGGACACAGUCUCUGGGUGGAAAUAGGGCACUUCUUCAGCGAAAAGCACAAUGCGGUGCUUACCAAAAUCGAGACGGGCUUCAGCUUGCGUGAGAAAUGGGUGACCGAGCAGUACAUCCUUCCCUGCAAUGUCCGCUACCAGGAAGUCAACUUCGACUUGACGGUUGUGAAUAUUGACUGGAACUUUGGUUUCACCCAGCACCGGAACAUCACCAGCAAUAGCAUCCUGCUCCCUCUCGGAUCUGUCACCAUAGGCCACAGCCACUUUUCCUUAAAUAUCGUCCCGGAAAACAUGCAACGCCUCACCAGCCUGGCGUAUUCUCUGCCUCAGUUCCACUGCAACCGCUGCCGCAUGAUCGGAGGAAGGGCCGUACGCGCUCUCCAGCUCCUGUAG